CGCGGCGCUGCGGGGACAGACGGGCGCGGCGAUGUGGGGCGCGCGGCGAGGACGGCGGCGGCGAUGAGGCCCGCGCAGCUCUGGGGGGCGCCGGGCCGCGCGCCCCCCGCCCCGGCCGCGCCCGGGGGGCUCCCGCGCCGAGGCCUGGGUCCCACCAUGAGCGCCGAGCUCAGCGUCCCCGCGGACCCGGCCACUCCCGCCUGCUCGGAGCCCGGCCACAAAGGCAUGGAUUACCGGGAGUGGGUACGUCGCAGCUACCUGGAGCUGGUCACGUCCAACCACCACUCGGUGCAGGCCCUGUCCUGGAGGAAGCUCUACCUCAGCCGCGCCAAGCUCAAGGCCUCCAGCCGCACCUCCGCGCUGCUCUCGGGCUUCGCCAUGGUGGCGAUGGUGGAGGUGCAGCUGGAGACGCAGUACCAGUACCCGCGGCCGCUGCUCAUCGCCUUCAGCGCCUGCACCACGGUGCUGGUGGCCGUGCACCUCUUCGCCCUGCUCAUCAGCACCUGCAUCCUGCCCAACGUGGAGGCCGUGAGCAACAUCCACAACCUCAACUCCAUCAGCGAGUCGCCGCACGAGCGCAUGCACCCCUACAUCGAGCUGGCCUGGGGCUUCUCCACCGUGCUGGGCAUCCUGCUCUUCCUGGCCGAGGUGGUGCUGCUCUGCUGGAUCAAGUUCCUGCCCGUGGACGCGCGCCAUCAGCCCGGCUCUGCGCCCGGGCCCGGCGGCCACACGGGCUGGCAGGCCGCCCUGGUGUCCACCAUCAUCAUGGUGCCCGUGGGCCUCAUCUUCGUGGUCUUCACCAUCCACUUCUACCGCUCGCUCGUGCGCCACAAGACCGAGCGGCACAACCGUGAGAUUGAGGAGCUGCACAAACUUAAGGUGCAGCUGGACGGCCAUGAGCGCAGCCUGCAGGUGGUGUGA